AGACCCUGGUAGAAUACCUUAGGGUGAAACGUAUUCCGAGGGGUAUGCGAUUGGGUAUUAAACCCUCUUUUUGCCAACAUAAACCCAAAUUUGAGGAGAACUGGCAUAAAAUCCUAAAUAAAUGUAGCUUAGAUUUAAUUGCCUUAACUAUUGAGGGCAUUGAGGAGCCACUGACAGACCUUAACCCCUUAAGACCAAACUUCUGGAAUAAAAGGGAAUCAUGACAUGUCACACAUGUCAUGUGUCAUUAAGGGGUUAAAGGACCACUAUAGGCACCCAGACCACUUUAUCUCACUGAAGUGGUCUGGGUGCCAGGUCCAUCUAGGAUUAACCCUGCCUGCUUUAAACAUAGCAGUUUCAGAGAAACUGCUAUGUUUACAUGUGGGUUAAUCCAGCCUCCAGUGGCUGUCUCAUUGACAGCCGCUAGAGGCACUUCCGCGCUUCUCACUGUGUUUUUCACAGUGAGAAGACGCCAGCGUCCAUAGAAAAGCAUUGAGAAUGCUUUCCUAUAGACUGACUGAAUGCGCUCGCGGCUCUUGCCGAGAAUGCACAUUCAGCCGAUGACGACUGAAGGAGGAGGAGAGUCCCCAGCGCCGAGGGAGCCCAGCGCUGGAGAAAG